UUUAUUUUAGUACAUAGAGCAAAAUGAAAGUCAAUCCUAUAAAUGUUAUAAGACUACUCUUAACAACAUUUCAAGUCAUGAACAUUCCAGAAUCGCCAGUAAAUGACGAAGAAAUACAAAUCAAAGAAAGUUUUGAAAAUAUUUUACUCAAUGCUAUGAACGAAUACUCCGGAGUCGAAAUGGUCGAAGAAAGUUCUUUGCAUUUCCAAGAACCGUAUAAAGAUUGGACGAUGGAAGUCGUGGAAGAUAAAGAGUGGGCAAAUGCACUAGUUGAUCAAGAAACACCUAUCGACGAAUGCACUAAGGAUGUUGAAGAUUUAUCUUAUGAAUAUAAAUUGAAAGCCGUCGAGUACUGGCGUAGUGGCAAAAAAAGAAAUUUAAGUUUAGACAGUGUUAGACAAAAAUUUAGAAAGGUACAAUCUGUGCGACAGUUACGAAGAUGGGCUCAUACUUUAAAUCAGGGAGGGACUUAUAAGGAAAAAUUAGCAAGAAUUUGUGAAUAUACAUUACAAAAUUUCAAAGCAGCUAUAGAUGCAGGUUUAAUCGUACAUGAUUGUGACAUAAAAAGAUGGGCCUUACAAGCUCAAAAAGAAAUUGGUGCGGAAGAUUUCCGUUUUAAAGCAUCAACAAAGUGGAUCGCGUCAUUCAAAAGAGCACAUCGCAUCGUAUCAAGAAAAAUAAAUAAGUUUAUCACGUCCAAAACCAUUGAAGAUAGUAAAUCAUUAAAACAGCAAGCUGAGGAAUUCGUCAAUAAUGUAAAACAAAAAAUUAAAAUUUAUGAAUUAGCAAACGUAUAUAAUUCAGAUCAAAGUGGUUUUCAGUUGGAAAUGCAUUCCGGUCGAACUUUAGCUGUUGAAGGAGAGAAGCAAGUAGAAUGUCUUGUACAAUCUGUUACUUCUACUACUCAUAGUUACACAGUUCAACCAACUGUAUCCGCUGAUGGAAAGCUUUUAUCCCCACUUUUUUUGGUUCUAAAAGAACCAAGUGGUAAAUUUGGACCAAUAGUUGAAACAACACUUUUUAGACCUCAUAAUGUAUACAUAGAAGCAUCAAAAUCAGGAAAACUUACAUCAGAUCAUUUCAAAAUUUGGUUGGAGAGGGUGUUUUUUCCAAAUGUGGGCCCAAAAUUUUUAUUACUAAUUGACUCAUGA